UAUUCGGUGUUUGGCAGAAACUUCCAUAUUUUGAAAAGUCAUGGAUGAAUAAUAGAUUUACAAAUUUACUGUACGGAAGCAUACAACUAAAGAAAGAAUGGAGCAGAGUCGCCGACUGUCGAUAUCAGAUAGAUGGGAGAGGAUAUGAAGUGCAAAAAAAGAAUGGAGCAGAGGUGCGCCAAGGAAGAGACAAAGCGCUGGUAAUUUUUGGGUAUUGCAGUAGAGAGAUGGCCCUCCUCUCCUCUACGCCUUCCCUCUCCUUCGCCUCUCCCUCUCACCCCCCAAACUCAAACUGGGGGAUCUUCUCCUUCACUUUCCACACCACCCAAUUCGCUCGCCGCCAACGCCCAAUCGCCUCCUCUCACCUCUCCUCCACCCUCGACAUGAAUCCCAUCGACAAGUCCUUCUUGAAUUUAGCUGAGGCCUUCUCCGAAGAAGAGCUCUGGGCCGCGGCGUGCCUCCGCGUCCGCUCCUUCUACGAGUUCCGUCCCAGUGCCUACGGCAUCCGUGAUCAUAGAAGGUACUUGGCUGAGCGUGAGUUUGAAGCACUAAAAGAACGUGUAGCUGGGAAAAGAGAGGGCUUCAGAAGAGUUUCUUGCAUAAAUGCUACUCUUCCAUUGUCACAGAUAUCAAACUUUGCAGAUGAUCUAUGCUCUGAAUGCAAGUUUUCUGACAAUGGAGAAGAUCGAGUAGUAGUUGGGACUCUUGACCUUAACCAGUGCAUUAGUCUCCCAGAUGAGAUAAUAGGAAUGAAGCCAGAGGGGAUUGGAGCUGAUUUUUUAAGGGCAUAUCUAAGCAAUGUAUGUGUUGCCAAGGAGUUGCACAGAAAUGGUUUAGGUUAUUGGGUCGUUGCCAAGUCAAAGAUAAUUGCUCAAGAUUGGGGCAUAACUGAUCUGUAUGUCCAUGUAGCUGUUGACAAUGAAGCAGCAAAGAACUUAUAUAUGAAAAGUGGUUUUGUAUAUGAAAAUGAUGAGCCUGCCUGGCAAGCUAGAUUUCUAGAUAGGCCUCGAAGACUUCUUCUGUGGACUGGUCUCCCUGGUAUGGAGCUAUGACCUUGUUUGUAGAAUCUCAAUGGUUGUUUCUUUUCUCUUUUCUUUUCCUUUAUAUUUUUAACUGUAAAGUGAACUUUAAAUGAUGUUUGGUCUGAAAAAUUGAUUACAUUUCCAUAAAAUAUGAACUCUGGAGUCUCGAUGUAAGUAGUAGAUGAAAAGCCUGCCCAUUUCUCCUUCUGAUAGAAGGGACUGAUAUAUAGUGUGAUGAAAUUGGAAAAUUAUGAGUGAUAUCCUCCAGUGUGUUUAUCUGA